CAUCACUCGCUCAUCAUCAGGAAAACCAAGAACCAAAAGCAAUAAAGAAUUCAACAGCUACCCAUUAAACUAAGCGAUUCUUUAACAAAGAAGGGAGAAAAAGAUGGCAAUGAUUCCAAGCUUCUUUGACAACCGCCGCGGCAGAAGCAUUUUUGAUUCAUUCUCUUCUUUCGACAUUUGGGAUCCAUUCAAGGACUUCACUCCCUUCACUUCCUCCUCAAAUUCUCUCCUUUCUUGUGAAAAUGCAGCUUCUGUGAACACCCGCAUUGAUUGGAAAGAGACCCCAGAAGCUCAUGUGUUUAAGGCAGAUCUACCUGGGCUUAAAAAGGAGGAAGUGAAGGUCGUCAUCGAAGAUGACAGAGUGCUUCAAAUUAGCGGAGAGAGAAAUGUGGAGAAGGAAGACAAGAACGAUACAUGGCAUCUCGUGGAGCGUAGCAGUGGCAAGUUCUUGAGGAGGUUCAGGCUGCCCGAGAAUGCGAAAACAAAUGAGGUAAAGGCUUCUAUGGAGAAUGGGGUUCUUAUUGUCACUGUGCCUAAAAAGGAUGUCAAGAAACCUGAUGUCAAGGCUAUUGAAAUCUCUAGCUGAAUGACAUGAUUAAUACCUUUUAAAAAAAAAAAAAAUGAAAAGGCGCGAUAUAAAGUAUGUUAAA